CUCCUCUCAAUCGGCCCAUAAUAUAAAGUCUCUUUAUCUUUAGAUCCGCAUGGUUCUAUUUUAAGGUCGGAUGUCCCGAAGGCAUGAUAAAAUACAGAUAACUUGUGACUAUAAUGCAAGGUGACAGAAUAUAAGUACUCCGAGCCCCAUCGAUUCUUUACUAAUAACAAUCCCUGCAUUAUUGUUGUGUCUGUAGUUUCUCAAAGAACAUCCAGCUAUGCUUAGACUUUUGAUCCUCACUGCGCUGAUGGCUUUAACCCUGGCUCACGGAGGGGAUCAUGGUAAGGUAGAAUAUAUUAAUAUCUUUUACCAAAAUGUAAUUUUUUUUCUCUUCUUUACAACAAUCUAUAUAUAUAAAGAUAUUUACACACACAAAUACAUACAAUAAGUAAAUGUACAUAUAUAUUUAAUGAUCAUUGAAAGAUAGUGUGGGAACAAGAGAGUGUGAGUGUGUGUGUGCGUGUGUGUAUGUAUAGAAAAUAACAUAAUAAAUUAGUAUCUUGUAUGUAAUACCUUCUUUUUAUUGGACUAACAGAUUUUUGGAAUGACAAGCUUUUUGGGGAAUCCUACCUUUCUCAAGUCUAAAUCAUCUAAAAGCUUGUCAUUCCAAAAUGUUAAUUGUCCAAUAAAAAAGUUAAUACAAGAUACUAAUGUAAUCUGUUAUUUUAUAUCUACAUCACUGGACUCGUACAGCUAACAUUUCUGCUCCAGUUCUAUACAUAUACGCACACAAACACACAAAUACAUAUACACGCCAACUUACAAUAUAUUUUGAAUAUUUUGCACAGUGUAAAACAGCAGGACAGGAUGUUUUAAAUGUAUUAUAUCAGCAGCACACACAUAUCUGUCAAAAUUUAAGUGACUGAUUAUUCCAAUUGUUUGCAUAUGAAAGCUUAGACAUAUGUGCUUGGGGAGAGACUUAAGAAUUAAAUUAUAAAAUGUCUUAUACGGCUGGAGAAAAAGAUGCAAUAUCCUUCUCCUAUGUCUAUCCACAAACUGCAGGGCAACAUUUAGAUGUCACGCUCCAUGAGGAGCUAGAUUAUUACAUUUUGUUGUAUAGAUUAUACAUUUUACAAGGUGGGUAAAGUAGUAGAACCAUUUUUUUUCCCAUUUGCCAAUAAUUUCCAGUUUAGUAAACAACUCUAGGUUUGUUUGUUUUUGUUUUGUUUUGAUUUUAUAGUUCUUUAUUUUCAAAUUUUAAAGAUAUAUGGGAAAAACAAGUGCAAAUGUCAACCAUGAAACAAACAAACAACAAAUUAUAUUUUCAGAGAAAGAUGAGUCAUGUAAGGAAACGUGUCCGGCAACACAACAUUCACAGACAACGAAUAGGUGAUACAACACAAACAAGAAUAAGAGUGAGAAAAACCAAAGGGUCUAUGUGAGUCAGUAGGUCAAAGCCAUGAGAAGACAUUGCACUGCUUACAGUAUAAAACUGUGUGUAUGUUAAGCACACUCUGAGUUGGUGUCAAGGUACCAGUGAUCGAUGGAACAAAAUAAGAUGAGGGGGAAAGUAACAGAAAGCAGGAGCAGGAUAUGUACAAUUAUUUACAUAGUAGGGGUAUCUGAAAUUGAAGACACACAAAAAAAAAGGUGAUAGAAAAGGGGGAGAGGCAAUGAGGGACAAGGUAAAAUGACGGAGGAGAGCCAUAAAUCAACGGAGAGGUAGCAAAGUUGAGAGGAAAGAGAUAAACCCAUGAGCCAAGGAUCUCAAACUUUGUGAAAUGACCAAGGCAAGUCAUGGUUGUGGCCUAAAACCUGUCUGUUUCCAUAGCUUCCCUGAUUUGUCCAAUGAACGUUAUCAUGGCAGGAAUGCGACCCUCCAUCUAUAACUCCACCAGGGAUGUUUCUACCUCUGCUCAAAUUGCUGAUUGGGAAUGCAUCAACAUUCCUGCUUAGGUUCCUCUGUUUAUAAGAUUACUUUAUCAUUGUCAGACAGUACAUCACACGAAGCUGGAGUGAAGAAAGGUCACUGCCCAAAUCACGGUAUAUCUGGCAAUGCCUCCCUACCUGACUGCCCCGCCUCCUGCGCCAAUGGCACAGACUGCGCUGCUUUAAAUUGCACCUCGGACACCAGCUGCGCGGGAUCACUGAAGUGCUGUGAAACCAGCUGUGGAUUUAAAUGCAUUGAUUUUAUUUACGGUAAGUGCAUACACAGUGCAUUGAAGGCACAUUCUAAGACCCAUAACCACUACAGUUCGGCUGCUUUGGUGCUUGUGGCUAAGCCCAUUGCUCUGCAUAUUGCUUACUCCACUUAUAUUAUUAGCAAUAUAAACCCCAUCUGCAUUUGGACACCAUUCAUUGUCUGUGAGGCCUGUAGUGGUUAUGGUGCCUAUAUACCCCUUUGAAUUUCACACCAAAACCCAAUACUUCACCACUUUUGUAUUACUAACAAAGACACAUAAUUCCAUAUAAGACCUAGUUGAGCAGUAACUGCAAUGACUUUUGAAAAUUGCAUUUAUUUGCAACAGAGUGCAAGACAACAAGAGUUUUAGUUUUACUACAACAAGAACUUGGAGUGUCCGUUGAUCCGGUGCUUGGAGUGUCCCUUUAACAAUAUUAGAGCAAUUGCACAUCCUAUACUCAAAGUCUAUAAAUUGUUUGCGUGCACUAAAUUGAACAUUGUAUGUUUUGUAUAUUAGCAAAAUACAGGACUGGAGGAAAAUAUUUUCAAGCGUAAGGGUCAUCACAUUUCUUUUCAUAGAUAUUUAUAAAGAAAAAAAUUCCAGAUCCUGUGAAACUGUCCUGAAGUCAGGUUCUUGCCUUCCCAACACAACACACCACAGCAAUCACAUCUCGAGUUUGUCAUUAGACACACUUGCACUGCAAAAAGUGCACACAGGGCAAUGAGCCCAGGGUGCUUCAGUAGCAACCUAUUGCACGGCCAGAGUGGCGUGUAUUCAUUUAUAACGUAACUGGCACACCCACUACUGACCCACCUGUGUCUUGAAUGGGUACCUCCAAUUGUCAGAUUGUUAAUACUACUAGCACAUAUAUUCCACAGCCAUUUACAAUUAUAGAAGGGAAAUAUUUAGAGGUGAAUAACGAGCUUACAGUCCAUGGGAUUUUGGGGUAGAAGGAUACAUAUGGUUAGGUGUCCUACCCAGGGACAUAUCUCCCUUAGAACUUUGAAACCUAGGUGGCUUGAACCUGGUGAACACAGUUAGUCAGUACUGCAGUCACAUCAGGGUUGCAAUGACAUAUAUGAUCAAUGCAUAUUACAAAACUACCAUUUAAUAUUUUUGGAUCCACUUUUCAAAUGAUUUAAUAUAUUUGGAUACACUUUUAAAAUGAUUUAAUAUGUAUGGAUAAACUCUUAAAAUUAAGUAAUGUUUUGAAAAACACUUCAAUAUUUUUGAUAUAUUGAUUUUUCUUAAUAUAUAACAUAUAUUUUAAUAUUUAAAAAAAAAAAAAAACAAUUUUAAAAGUAUUUUCCAGUAAUAAUAAAUGAUUUGAAAAGCUUAUCUGAAAAUAUUAAAUCGAGCCUUAUAUUGGCUAAAAUAAAGUUGUUGUUUUUUUUUAAAGAGUAUUUUAAUAUGGGUCUCUGAUUCAAAUGGUGAUACGGAAACUCCUUACUUUAAUCAUGUCAUUUUAUCUCGGCUUCUCGAAGACCAAGAAGAAGCAGUAAUAGGUUUGAAAUAAAAAUAUUAUAAAAUAGUAUCUUUCUUUCUGAAACAUUAAAAUUGCUUCUUCUGACAAAAUUACAUUUUAUUAAAUCUGCCCCAAUAGACAAAUUCUGCAACACAGAUGCAGACUGCGGAGGAACAUUAGCCUGCUGUAGAAACAGGUGCAAGUCAGUCUGUGUUACUCCGAGACCUGUCAUCACUUCAAAAAAAGGAAAAGACAUCGUAAGUGACCAUACUACAUUCAUUUUUAAUUAAACCACUGUAAGUCAUCAUUGUUCAAGACAAUUCAAGACGGGAAGAGUUUAUUAUUAUUAUUAGCAUGUGUGUACCGCAUAUAUUUAUAUAAAAAGAUUCAUAGUUUUUGAAUAUGGAAUCAUAAACUAUGCUUAUUUUUAUUUUUAUUUAAAAAAGCUUACAUUUAAAAAAAAAAGUUAGCAAGUACACUUUACUUAAAGGGUUAAUCUAGUAAAAAUUUAACCCUAAAAUUUUGAAUCCAUUAUUUAUAUCCCGCCCACACCAGUAUGAUAUAUUUUAAUAAGGAGGAUCUAAUUCACUGGCUUUUCUAUAUGGGAUUAUGGCAUAAGUAGUUUAUUGCUAAAGGGCAGUUCCAACCAUUACAUCGGAUGAUUGGAACUGCUGCUCAAUAAACGGAUUCCAUUCUGCAGCUCCUAUCUUUAUAUACUGCGUGAUUCUCUGUGUAGUGAACCGGACUGUCUUUUGGUGCUGGGAAGGCCCAUACUACUGGGAGGAGAACAAGAUACUUUCUAUAGUUUGUGUGCACGGCGCACUCAUAAUAUGGACAAAAUUGACACGGGUAAUCGGCCUGAUGUGGUGUCUUAUAAGAGCAGCAAUUUUUACAGAUUACGGUCACUAUAACCCUUAUUUAAAUGUAUUAUUUUAUUUGAACAGUUUGCCCCCUUGCAGCACCGAUUUCCUAGCUGUGAAUCUUUACCUGGACAGAACUCUUUGUACAGACUUUCUAAUUUUUGGCAGCUAACUCAGAGAUCUUCAUAGCCAAGAUAUAUUUAAUGAGCAUCACACUAUAUUCGAUAUAGUUGUGCUUGAAAUACCCCUUACAGUAAGAACUGGGCUUGGCUAUAUAUUGUUAAGAAUAUAUCAGAUACAUGGUUUGUAGUCAUGCUUGUGUUAGCUAGCUGACAUUGAUUCUCCACUCGAUGGGACACCUACUAGCAUUGUUUUUCAUGCUGGACACUCGAUCCUGUGUCACAGUAUUGACGUCAUGCAUCAAUUGCGCUAGAUGUUGCCAACAGGAUCAGCAUCUCAAUAAUAAAGCCAUCCAUUGUUUCAAAAUUAAGAAUAAUGCUUCACCUAGAGCUCUUUGUAUAGCCAAAAUGAUGCAUUAAUCCACUUCAUCCUUCUAUGAAGUUUUGGCAUUGCUCUGAUGACAUCAAAUACUAGGCCUAUUUGUACCCACACCUGCUUGUGGUCAUUGCAAUGUUAUGGUCUCAAGUAGCCCGAAAGUGCAUUUAAUUCUAAUUUUCUGAUUAUCCAGUUAUUGUCCGUGGCAUGUGUAUUGAUUCUCCUGAUCUCUUCAAUUCUGACCUUGGCUAGACUACCUGACCUGUCACUAUUCUGUAUUCCUUUGACAUCGACUUGUUUCAUAAUAACCAUUGUAUUUCUGUAUUAUAAGUUAAGUCUGGCCACCUCUAAGGAUAUGUAAUAUGUUCCUUCCUUGUACUGUUCUAUACCUGGGACUCUGUACCUUCAGGACAACUAGUAGUAGAAUUGAACGUAACUGUAUAUUCAAAAAUAAGAUAUUUUAAAGUAUAUAAAUAUGAAGAGGUUUUUUUUGUUGUUUUUUUUUAGAAAGGAAAACAUAAGUGAGAAAAAAAUGAUAGUCCCAUGUUAAAGGAUACCCCCAGUGUACGGCAACACUGGUGCAGAGGAGAUAGUUCAAGGAACCAGAUGUUUUAAACAAGCAAUGUUAAUGCCAAUUAUAACCAAAUGAAUAAAGUGCAAUAAAGUUGUAAUUUGUAGUGUAUUUUAUUUAUGUCCAAACACUGGCGCUAUACAAAACACAAGUAUGAG